CAUCGGUCAUAAUUCACCAUCGCUGAGCCCUAUCCUUAAUCCCUCUGGCCUUCUAUAUAUAUUGCAUAAAAGAAAAUAUUUAAUGAUCCGAUCCUGCCCCUGCGACUAACUAAUCAGCAGCUACGAAGGGAAGCGGAGGCAAAGAAAACAGCAAAGUAAAGAAAAAGAGAGGGAAGCGGGGUGAGGGUAAGGAACAGCCGAACAGGAACCCAAAGAGUGCCGAGUCAGCAAUGGCAGGGACGAAUACUAACAAGGGGUUGGCGGUGUGCGUGACUGGGGCAAAUGGAUUUAUAGGAUCCUGGCUUGUGCGGACGCUGCUGGAUAAGGGUUACGAAAUCCACGCCAGCGUCAUGCCGGGGAGCGACGCUUCCCACCUACGGUCCCUCCUUCCCGGUGGGUGCAGGGGGGAGGGGGAGGAGCGGCUGAGGGUAUUCGAGGCCGACAUUCUGAACGCGGACGCCGUGUGGAGUGCCGUGGAAGGGUGCGCCGGCGUGUUCCACGUGGCGUCGCCCUGCACGCUGGAGGAUCCAACGAACCCGCAGCUGGAGCUGGUGCUGCCGGCCGUGCAGGGAACCCUCAACGUGCUGAAGGCUGCAAAGAAAGCCAAGGUGAGGAGGGUCGUCGUCACCUCAUCCAUCUCCUCCCUCGUCCCCAAUCCCUCCUGGCCCUCCCACCGUCCCUUCGACGAGACCUCCUGGACCGACCUCGACUAUUGCAAAUCUCGGCAGAAAUGGUAUCCAGUGUCAAAGACAUUGGCAGAGAAGGCAGCAUGGGACUUUGCAGAAAAGCAUGGGAUGGAUGUUGUGACGAUCCUUCCAGCCACCUGUCUGGGUCCACUCCUGCAAUCUCAUUUGAAUGCAAGUUGUGCUGUACUUCAGCAGUUGCUGCAGGGAUCAAAGGAGACACAAGAGUACCACUGGCUUGGUGCUGUACAUGUGAAGGAUGUGGCUAAUGCUCAGGUGCUGCUCUUUGAGAGCCCAUCUGCUUCAGGAAGGUACCUCUGCACAAAUGGUAUAUAUCAGUUUCGUGAUUUUGCUGAAAUGGUAUCCAAAAUAUACCCCAACUUCCCUGUUCACAGGUUUAGCGAGGAAACCCAACCUGGUCUUAUGGGAUGCAAGGAUGCAGCAAAGAGGUUGAUUGAUCUUGGUCUGGUCUUUACACCUGUUGAAGAUGCAAUCCAAGAUGCGGUAGAAAGCCUUAAAGUGAAAGGCUUCUUGGAGGCGCAGAAAUCGCUUCCUUAAAAUAACAGCAAAUACAUUCACAUUAUCAUUUUUCUUUCUGAUAAUAAUGGAUUACUACAAAUGAUAUCUCGUAGGGAAUUACUUGCUAGGGGCAUGGUUACUUCACAUUUUUUUUUGAAGUUCAAAUUGUUAUUUGUUUGAAAGAUGUGGUCUUUGACUCACUCUACACACCACAUUUUUUGAGUUUGAUGAUGCAUUUCUAGCCGGCCAAGUAA